AUGCAGUCCAAGGACAAAGGCCUGAGGGGCAGGAGAAGAGAUGCUGGUGGACCAGGCCGGAGUGCUGAGGCCGCUGCAGCGUGGCUCCCAGAAGGCCGAGCACCACGACGCUACUCGCCCGCGAAACGCCACGUGAGACGUCCUAAGGUAGUUCCUCCUCUCCUGGUAGCCGCGGGUGCUCUUCCUGAAGCUGCGCACCACCUACGGCCCCGCGAGGGCUUGGCCAUCCUCCAGCCUGCCUGUAGCCUCUGCAUGCCCCUGGAGCUCGAGCUGGUGUGGUGGUGGGCAAGCGUGGCUGCAUCUUCCCAGAGGCCACAGCCACAGACCAUAUGGCCAGCUUUGCCUGGAUGUGACCACCAGCAAAGUGCAGGACGAGUGCAAGAAGGGGCUGACCUGGCUCUGGCCACGAGCUUCACGGUUUUCAGCCCCAUCAGCACGUUUGUGCCCAAAGAGAAGAUCCCUGGCCCUCACAACCUGAAGCUCUGGCCGAAGGUCAAUGGCAAACUCAGGCAGGAGGUUAUGAAAUCCUCCAUGAUUUUUCCAAUCCUCUACAUCCAAGAAGGAGGCAUUAUCUGGACCAGGACGCCCAAGGAAUGGGACCUGUUUAAAAAGAAAAAAAAAUUGAAAUUCAGGCCAACAUAA